UGUCUUGGUCACUUUUUCAACAUGGGGAAAUAUGUGCCAUUUUAUAUUUUGUUAGCAUUGAUUCCUGCUCUUGUAACUUCAGAUUUUUUAAUAGAACAAUUCAGGAACAUUAAGAAGAGAAGUGCCACUGAUGGGCAUCCCAAAGGCAUAGAAAUCUACUGGGUGAAAAUUGAUUGCAGCGUUACUUCCCGGUUUUCUCGUAAUGUCAUCACCAGUCGAGCUGUCAAUCGUGCCAAUGUGUCCAAGGAAGCUUUCUUUGAUGUGGAGCUUCCUAAAACGGGCUUCAUUACCAACUUUACCAUGACUAUUGAUGGUGUCACCUAUCCGGGCACCAUAAAGGAAAAAGAAGUUGCCCAAAAGCAGUAUCAGCAGGCAGUUUCAAGUGGACGGACUGCAGGUCUUGUAAAGGCUGCCGGAAGGAAAACGGAAAAAUUCAGUGUUUCAGUCAACGUUGCAGCGGCCAGCAAAAUUACUUUUGAGUUGACCUAUGAAGAACUGUUGAAGCGAAGGUUUGGAAAAUAUGAAAUGUUCAUAAAAGUAAACCCGAAGCAGCUUGUCAACAAGUUUGAGAUUGAAGCAAACAUCUUUGAACCCCAAGGUAUCAGCGAACUUGAUGUAGAAGGAACAUUCAUCAACAAUGACUUGUUACCAGUUGUAGAAAAGUCUUUCUCAGGGAAAAAGGGCCAUGUGUCAUUCAGUCCCACUAUUGAUCAACAACGAACCUGUGAGAAUUGUACAACUUCUCUAUUGCAAGGAGAUUUUCUCAUAAAGUAUGACGUGAACAGAGAUUCUCCUAGUAACUUACAGAUUGUCAAUGGGUACUUUGUACACUUCUUUGCACCAAAAGAUCUUGCCCAUUUGCCAAAGAAUGUUGCCUUUGUAAUAGAUGUCAGUGGCUCCAUGUAUGGACAGAAAAUUCAGCAGGCAAAGGAAGCACUGACAAAAAUAGUUGAAGAUUUAAGGGAAGACGAUCACUUUAAUAUCAUACUGUUUGAGAGUUCAGUUUCUACAUGGAAAGAUACGUUAAUUAAAGCCACUCCUGAUAAUGUGAAGGAAGCAAAGGAAUUUAUUGAGAAAAUUAAUGACAGAGGAGCAACAAACCUUAAUGAUGGUUUAAUAACUGGAAUUGAAAUGCUGAAUAAAGCGCAUGAAUCAAAUUCUGUGCCUAGAAGAAGUGCCUCUUUAGUGAUUAUGUUAACGGAUGGUGAGGCCAAUGUGGGUGUAUCCAACCCCUACGAGAUUCAGCAGAAUGCUAAAAAUGCAACUCAAGGAAAAUACCCUGUAUACAAUCUUGGGUUUGGUUAUGACGUUGACUAUGCAUUUUUAGAAAGGUUGGCAACAGAGAACAAUGGUGUAGCUCGUCGCAUCUAUCAAGACUCUGAUGCAGCCCUACAAUUACAGGGGUUCUAUGAUGAAGUAGCCAAUCCCAUGCUUACUGAAGUUGAAUUAGAAUACUCCGAAAAUGCCAUCACUGACGUGACUCAAAAUAAUUUUAAACAUUAUUAUGAAGGCUCUGAAAUUGUUGUAGCUGGACGACUUACAGACAAUGACAUAAAUAGUAUUACUGCAGAGGUGAAAGCUAAUGGUGCACUUGAUGAUAUGACUUUUUCUGAACAAGCAGAUGUUGAGGAAACAGCUAAAGCUUUUGAAGAACAAGAUUAUAUAUUUGGAGAUUAUAUAGAAAGACUCUGGGCUUAUCUCACCAUUCAGCAACUUCUGGACCAACGCUCUAUAGCAAAGGGGGAUGAAAAGACGAAUCUUACCGCUGAAGCUUUGGAAAUGUCUCUGAAAUACAAGUUUGUGACUCCAUUGACAUCCAUGGUGGUCACAAAGCCAGAAGACAAUGAAGAUAAGGAAGUAGUUGCUGACAAACCGGUAGAAGCUGAAGAUUUUCUUUCUUUUCAAACAGCAAGGCAGCAAUCAUUCCCUAGUUAUUCUAGUGCUCCAUCGACCCCUUAUUAUUAUUCUAGUGUUGAUGGAGAUCCACACUUCAUUAUAGCAGUGCCCCAGAAAGAAGAUGCCCUUUGUUUCAAUAUUAAUGAAGAACCAGGGGUAGUGUUAAAUUUAAUAAGAGACCCAGUUACAGGUAUUGUAGUCAAUGGGCAGCUUAUUGGUGAUAAGAACAGCAAUAAUGAUGUAGCACCACAGAAUACAUAUUUUGGGAAACUUGGGAUUGUAAAUAUACAUCAGAAUUUAAGACUUGAAAUAACCACUGAAGAAAUCAUCCUUCAGAAUGGUAAAGAACGGACAGCAUUCAGUUGGCUUGAUGAAAUCAUCUUACAACAACCCAGCUUGACUCUGACAAUCAAACGAAAAAAGAGUCUGGAGGUUUCAAUGGGUAAUGGGGAAAAAUUUGUUGUUGUUCUGCAUCAAGUGUGGAAGAAACAUCCACUACACCGAGAUUUCCUGGGAUUUUACACAGUGGAUAGUCACAGACUGUCUGAGCAAACCCAUGGCUUAUUAGGUCAAUUUUUCCAUUCAAUUGACUUUGACCUACUUGAAGUCCAUCCUGGAUCUGAUCCAAAGAAACCAGAUGCCACCAUGAUUGUGAAAAAUAACCAGCUGACAGUAACCAGGGGAUGGCAGAAGGAUUACAUUGUUGAUGCCCGGCAUGUCACCAAUGUCCCUUGCUGGUUUAUUCACAACAACGGGGAAGGCCUCAUUGAUGGCGUGCACACGGACUAUAUUGUUCCCAGUAUAUAUUGAUAUUUGGGGGGAUUCUUCUUGUGAUAUGCUCAAAACAAUAGCAUAGGACAAUUUGUAUGACAUGUUCCUGCUAGCACCACAUCAUCUGAGAAAAUGCUUGUUUUAUGAUCUAUUGCUGUUAGCGCCACAUCAUCUGAGAAAAUACUUGUUUUAUGAUCUGUUCCUGCUAGCGCCACAUCAUCUGAGAAAAUGUUUUUGUUAUGAUCUGUAUAACAUCCCAGAUUUGGGUAUUAGUCAGAAUAGCUGGAAUUUAAGGUCAUAAGAAGAGCUGUAUUGGAUCAGAACAAAGUCUGUUCCCACAGUGGCCAACCCAAGCAUUUAUUUUUGCAACAUAAUAAAUGAAUGCUCUGCUUAAAUUUAAUUUCAGAAAUAAACUUGAUAGCUCAAUACAAAUGGA